AAGAAAUAAAAAUCGAUUGAUGUCAGUUGACACAAACAAAUCUUAAAAAUUGAUCUGUACUAAUUAUUCCUGUGCAGAAAUAAUUAACUGUAUUGUUCUUUGUUGCUCUAUAUCUCGAUAACAUAUCAAGAAAAACGUCUUUAUCAAAAAUGAUAGAGAUUUUCCUCUCGUAAAUUUAGGUGGGGAUGAUUUCAAAUAGACAUUUUACUCAAUAGAAAUGUCAUUAGGACUUAACGUUUUUUAUAUUAUCUUGUAUUUUUUUGUUUAAAAGUUUUUGUGUUCGUUUUGAAGUCCGUAAAUAUUUUGAACUUGGAAUUUCAAUAUUCUGAGUGUAUAAGAAGAUAAUAGAGAAGAAAAAUGGAGAACGAAGAAUAUAAAAAAUUACCUGUGGAGGAUAGAUGCGUACAUAAGUUGUGGAAGGCUAGAGUAAAUGGUUAUGAAGAAGUCACGAAAUUAUUCAAACAGAUUGAUGAUGAAAAAUCACCAGAAUUCGGAAAAUACUUAGGAUUAGUCAAAAAAUUCGUCACAGACACUAAUGCAAUGGGGCAGGAAAAAGGCUUAGAAGCAACACUUGCAUAUGUUGAAAAUUAUGCUCAUGCUGGAAAGACAGUAUCUGAAGUAAUGUCAGGUAUUGUUUCAAAGUGUAUGGCAGCCCCAAAAGCUAAAACUAGAGAAUUGGCCCUACAAAUUACGCUGAUGUACAUAGAAAUUGAAAGGCAAGAAUCUGUAUUGGAAGAAUUGUUGAAAGGAAUGGAUCAAAAAAAUCCCAAGAUUGUAGCUGCUUGUGUUGUUGCUUCUACAACAGCCCUCAAAGAAUUCGGAAUUAAAAUAAUUACUCCCAAGCCUUUAGUAAAAAAACUCCCCACACUUUUCUCAGAUCGAGAUAAGACGGUGAGGGAUGAAGCAAGGUUAUUGGCGAUUGAAAUGUAUCGAUGGAUGGGACCUGCUUUAAGACCACAGCUUACAUCUCUACAGCCUCUUCAAAUUUCCGAAUUAGAAGCUGAAUUCGCUAAAAUAGAAGGACAAAAAGCUCACCCUACAAGGUAUAUCAAAUCCCAACAGCAAAAACAAGCCAACAUUAUUGCUGAAGCAGCAGCUGCAGAAGGUUGUGAAGAAGAAGACGAAGAAGAGGAUGCUCCUCAGAUUGAUUCCUAUGAACUUGCCGAUCCAGUGGAUAUACUCUCCAAACUCCCAAAAGAUUUUUAUGAUAAACUGGAAGCCAAAAAGUGGCAGGAGAGGAAGGAAUCUUUAGAACUUCUAGAGACGCUUCUAAAAACGCCAAAAUUAGAAAAUGGGGAGUAUGGUGAUCUUGUGAGAGCACUGAAAAAGGUAGUCCAAAAAGAUAGUAAUGUGAUAUGUGUGGCUCUAGCUGGAAAAUGUUUCGCUUCAUUAGCUUCAGGUUUAAAGAGAAGGUUUCAGACAUACUCAGGAGCUGUUAUCCCAGCUCUUCUGGAGAAAUUCAAAGAGAAAAAACAAAACGUAGUUCAGGCGAAUAGGGAAGCAAUAGAUGCCAUAUAUCUAACGACUUCAUUAGAAGCCAUUCUGGAAGAUCUACUCGAAGCGUUGAAUAACAAAAAUCCAAGUGUUAAAUCGGAAACAGCUCUCUUUUUAGCAAGGGCUCUUGGUAAAACCCAACCUCAAGCGUUGAACAAGAAACUUUUGAAAGCCAUCACCAGCGCGCUGGAAAAAAACGUUAACGGAUCCGAUCCCACCGUCAGAGAUUCCUCGUAUGAAGCGUUGGGAACCUUAAUGAAACUUGUCGGAGAAAAGGCAAUAGGUCCUUUCCUUGGAGAAUUGGAGAAAGAUAACCUGAAAAUGGCCAAGGUUAAAGAAUUCUGCGAGAAGGCCGUUAUCUCGGUCAAGGUGGCAGCUCCAAAGAAGGAAAAGGCCCCAUCUGCUGCGGUUAAACCAAAGGACAGUAAGAGUGAGCCAUCGAAACCGGCUGCUAAUGCAAAGGUUGUCAAAAAAGAAGGUACCAAAAAGAAGCCUCAAAUUUCUUCUGGUUCCGCUACCAUAGUGAAAAGUAAAGGUGCCAAAGGCUCGAGUACGAAGAUUAGUAAGCCGAUUGAAAGGGAAUUGAGCGAGGAAGAAGUUGAUGCUUUGAUUUCCGAUAAGAUCGGUGCCAACAUAAUGAGUGAUAUAUCUAGUGCAAAUUGGAAAACGAGGCUUGCGGCUGUGGAACAGCUUCAGUCGGAACUCCAAACUCAAGAGUCCAAGGACCUACCUUGCCAAGCUCUGGUCAAGUUUCUUUCCCGUAAACCUGGACUCAAAGAUACCAAUUUUCAAGUGUUGAAGGCUAAACUCGAUCUCAUCAAAUACUUGGCGGAAAACUGCAGUUUCAGCGUAACGGUAGCAGACUGUUGCCUGAACGAUCUGGCAGAGAAAUUCGGCGACCCCAAAAAUGGCAGUACGGUAUCGGCAGUGAUUUCGGCGAUAGCGGAAGCGGCCGGAUUUCCUCACGUUGCCACUAAUGUGAUAGAUUUUGCAGUAUCGCAAAAAAGUCCCAAAGUUACAUCUGAGGCUUUUCUUUGGUUAUCUAGCGCCAUAUUGGAGUUUGGAUUCGCCAACUUAAAUACGAAAGUUCUCAUUGAGCAUUCGAAAAAGGCUUUGGCUUCUGCGAAUCCAGCUGUUCGUCAGGCUGCCAUCUCUUUGCUAGGAACUAUGUAUCUGCACAUAGGGCCGUCAUUGAUAGUGUGUUUCGAAAAUGAAAAGGCAACUUUGAGAGAGCAAAUUCAAGCGGAAUUUGAUAAACACGAAGGGGAACAAGCUCCAGCUCCGACCAGAGGAAUAACAAAAUCUGAGAGUGUUGCUACAAUAGAUAACCUCGACGAUGUUGAGGAGGAGGAGGAAGCUCAAACAGUGAAUACUCAAGAUAUCCUGCCUAGGAUCGAUAUCAGUUCUCAGAUAACCGAGAGUCUGAUCAACGAGAUGUCCGACAAAAAUUGGAAGGUACGAAACGAGGCUCUCACGAAAGUGAGCGCCAUGAUACAGGAGGCCAAACUUAUCAAACCGAAUAUUGGGAAUUUGCCGCAAGCCUUAUCGGAGAGGCUGAGCGAUAGCAAUACCAAGAUUGCGCAGUUGUCGACGAAUUUAUGCGAGGCGUUGGCUAAGGCUAUGGGGCCUCCGAUCAAACAGCACGUUAGGACAUUGUUACCUGGAAUAUUGCAAGGUCUGGGUGACAACAAAGCAUGGAUGAGAACCGCAUCUUUGGAUGCAAUGAACGCUUUCGCAGAUCAAGGAGGAUACAAAGAGUUUUUCGAGGGAGAAAUGAUCGGUGAUGCACUCAAGACUGGUUCGCCAGUGCUCCGAUCUGAAUUGUGGGCUUGGCUUGGCGAGAAGAUGCCUAAAAUACCAGUAAAAACCAUACCUAAAGAGGAACUCACAAUUUGCAUCCCAUAUCUCUAUAAUAAUCUAGAAGAUCGAAAUGCGGAUGUAAGAAAGAAUGCUCAGGAAGCAAUAUUAGGUUUCAUGAUUCACACGAGCUACGAAUCCAUGCUCAAACAAACUGAAAAAUUGAAGCCUGGCUCUAAAAAUGUCAUCGUUGCUCUUCUUGAAAAAGUGAGGCCAAACCUACCAAUAAAAGCGUUACCAAAAAUGCCCCCGCCAGAGAAGGAAGUGAAAAGUGUAAAAGGCACAAAACCUGUGGCGAAUGCCAAAAAUGCAGUGAAACCAAAGAGCGCAAACGUAGCAAGACAAUCCACAGUUCCCAGCCGAAAAAAAGAGGACGACGUUGAUACGUCACCCUUACUGGUCGUGAACAAUAUGAAACAUCAAAGAACCAUCGACGAAUCGAAACUCAAAGUCCUGAAGUGGAACUUCACGACUCCGAGAGAGGAGUUUGUCGAGUUGCUCAAAGAACAGAUGAUCAAUGCCAAUAUUAACAGGACCUUGAUAGCCAACAUGUUUCACUCAGAUUUCAGGUAUCACUUGAAAGCAAUCGAAUCCCUCAACGAGGAUCUGGCAGAAAACGGUCUGGCACUCAUUUCGAAUCUCGACCUGAUCCUCAAGUGGUUAACCCUGAGAUUUUUCGACACCAAUCCCUCCGUUCUCUUGAAGGGUUUGGAUUAUCUCAAUUUGGUUUUCGAAAUGCUCAUCGAAAAGCAUUAUAGGCUUCAAGAAAAUGAAGCUUCAUCUUUCAUACCAUAUCUGAUAGUGAAGAUUGGCGAUCCUAAAGAUGCCGUGAGAAAUAGCGUUAAGGCACUGUUUCGGCAAAUUGCGUACAUUUAUCCGGUCAGUAGAUUGUUCACUUGUAUAAUGGAAGGGUUGAAAUCUAAGAACGCCCGACAGAGGGCAGAAUGUUUGGAUGUUAUGGGGUCGAUGAUCGAACUUGAUGGUAUUACAAUUUGUGUUCCCUCGCCUGCUGCCUGUUUGAAAGAAGUUGCCAAACAGAUUUCCGAUCGUGAUAAUUCCGUGAGGAAUGCAGCUUUGAAUUGCGUCGUACAGGCUUAUUUGAUUGUGGGAGAAAAAGUGUUCAAGAUGGUGGGAAACAUAUCCGAUAAAGACAUGACAAUGCUGGAAGAGCGUAUUAAAAGGGCGAAAAAAAAUCCAGUCAAGUCGCCCGUGAAAACUGAAACCCUGCCACAGUUUUCAUCCGCAAACAAAGGGGUAAAUCAGGUCAAUCCAAAUUGUGAUACUAAUAAUACUUACCAUAAAGAAGCUUAUAGCAACGGAGAUGAACAAGAAGAUGAAGAGGAAGAAGAGUUAAGUUUGCCACCUGUAACACUUCCUCCUCAAGUGACCCCCAAACCGAAAGAGAUAGAAGGACCCUUUAAACUUGAUACCGAAUUCAUGAAAGAACUUGAUAAGAUUGAAUUACAGCAACCUAAGGUUGAUCUGGAAGAGUUCGAUUUGAGUUUCCUUAAAGAUGAUAUAAAAGUAACUGACAAUAAUGGAGAAAAAUCUGCCAAGGUCAUGCCACUAUCGCCCCCUAUGCCAAUUACUUCUGAUUAUCAAGUGAUCUCAAGUUUGAAUACUUCUCGACCGAAGGAAGUCGUUAUUAUAAAUCAAAUGUCCUCGCCUGAUAUGGUGACAGCCUUAGAUGCUAUUGAACAAAUGCAAAUAUUUUUGACUUCGAGUCGUAGUAUUUCCAUGAUCGAUCAUGAAGAUGAGUUCAUGAUGGCUGCGAUCAAACAAUUAGAAUACCUGAGUACGAAAGAUCUUGAUAGCUCUCCACUUGUGUUGAAGACUUAUAGAAGCCUUUUGUCUGUGAUAAAUCAGUUUUAUGUGAACAAAAUUCUUGGAAGGCAUGUGUCCAUUGGUGUUCUCAAGGGUAUAAUUAAUGCUUUUAUACAGUUAUUAGUACAAGGAAAAUUGCAAGGAUGUGCGGAAGGUGACACCUAUGUUAGAGUGAUAAAUCUACACUGCUGCAAAAUAAUUGAGAGAUCUGAUCAUACGAAAAUCUUCUGUGCCCUAAUACAAUUGUCGCAAGAUUGUCUCCGCACAGAGGCUUCGCCCAGGCAAACAGAACUGGUAAUGAAGUGCUUGUGGAGAAUUAUCAAGCUUAUGCCUCAGUGGGGUAGCGAGAUACAUUUCGAGGAAAUUCUGGCCGACGUACUGAAUUUCUUCAAAGAAUUUCCACCGUCGUGGUGGAAGACGCGACCAUCAGACACCCUUUUGAGGACCAUCAAAACGGUGGUUCAUUCCAGUGUUAAAAUUAGAGGCAAUGCUAUUUUGCAAGAUUUGGAGAAAGUGCAAGACUACAAGAACUCCGAUGUAGAAUCUUACAUACUGAAACAAUUGAAGGCUCUGAAACUUGAUGAGGGUGAAAAUCAGCCUCCCGUUCAAUCUGUUAAAGUCGAGUCCAGUCCUGCCAAAAGAAGUAACCUCUCGAAAUCGAUCCAGAAUCAACUGACGGAAAUAUUUCAAAAAAUCGGAACGAAAGACGAAACCAAAGAGGGACUGAAUUUACUUUAUGACUUUAUUCAGGAACAUCCGGAAGCUGACAUCGAUCCGUUUCUGAAAAAAUGCAGUUCGUUCUUUCAGGGUUACAUAAAAAAUGCUCUGAAGGAUAUCAAAGAGGAUAGAGAAGCGUCACGGAAUACGAUAGAAAGUAAAGUGGUAGAAAAAGUCCAAGCGAGUAUAUUACCACCGCCUGCUUCUGAGGAAUCAGGUAAUAAGGGAACUGAAUAUUGGAGAGAAAGACUUCAUAUGUUCGAAAGACUGUACGAAGAAGCGAGGAAAGUAAACGAAUAAAUUAUUGAACCGUUUUGUAGAUAUAUUAGAACAUGACUAGUUUUAAUGUCUGCUAUAAAAAUUUUAAGACAAGGAAUUAAAAUGUUUGUAAAUAGUGAAUUUCAAGACUUAAAUUAGUAUUUUAUUCAUUAAUGUAGUACUUACCCGAAAUUUUGAUUGGUUACGCUCUAAUAAUUAUUGACUUUUGUAUUAUCCAAUUUUCAUUCUUUAAUUCGCUGUUAUGAUUUAUUUUCCUACUUUUUCAUAUUUCGAUAUAAAUAUUCGUACCUCCAUGUUUAGUGUUUUUGGAGGAUGAAUUAAUAUUUUAUAGUUAACUUAUCCAAUAUUAAAAAUAUUAUAACUGA